AUGAAAAUCUCUCAAACUGCAUUGCAAAAAUUUCAAGGAUUGUUGAACUCUGUUUCUCCACAAAGUAUCAAUGUGAAUGUCAAGAUUGAUGCUGGUCAUUUGCCUCGUGAAGACGUUGGUAUUCAAUGUGAAAUUCCAUUUCUUCUCCGAGUGCUGUUUGGAGACUUUCCAACUAGCGAUGAUCAGCGUUCAUCUCACACUCCUGUCAAUGUUUGUAUUGUUCUCGAUGUCAGUGGUUCCAUGGAUGAAGGUUUAACGAACAAUCAAUCAGGAACAAAAUUGAGUGUAUGCAAAACAGCGAUCAAGGAAUUGGUCAAGAACUUUUUGAACGAUCAAGACACUGUCCACUUGGUCAAGUACUCUGAUUCUCCUUCUACAGUAUUUACUGGAAAGAAGAAAUCCACAGUCGAAUUAGCUACCAUUGAUAACAUUCGAACAGAAGGAUCUACCAAUAUUGCUGAUGCCAUUCAUUAUGCUGUAGAUUUGUUAAAGAAAUCUGAAGCUCCAGGAACUAAAUUAGUUGCAUUCUUUAGUGACGGAAUGGCCAAUGUUGGUGAAUGUGAUGUCAAUGUAUUCGGAGCUUCCUUGAUCAAAAAGUUGAAAGAGUUCGAUGUCGAAGAUCAAGUUCACAUUUCUUCAUUUGGUGUUGGUGCUGAAUAUGAUGAGAAAUGGUUGCAAUCCAUUGCUCGAUCUGGUAAAGGAGAAUACUAUUAUUUGGAUUGUGACGAGAGAGCAAAGGUAGCUUUCGAGAGAUCUCUUCGCAAAUAUCAAUAUCAAAUUGGAAAGCAAUUCAACAUUAAGGUGACAGGAUUGAAUGGAGUGAGUGUCAAGACUUUCAAUCAAAAGAAUGAUCUUGCUUCGUUGGUGGGCGGACUUUCCUUGGGAGGUGUCUAUUGUCGUGAUUUGAGAUUUGUGGAAGGUGUUCUGGUUUAUAAUCCUCAACAAACAUUCAAGACUCAACCAGAGUUGAUUGAGGCGCUCAAUAGAGGUGCUGGUGUUCCACUCUUAAGUGUUACUUAUUCAUACAUUGAUAUGCAAAAUGGUCAAUUGAAAGAACAUACUCUCACGUAUGUCCAUUCCAAAUUUGCAAACUCUGCUUCGGAAUUACCUGCUCUUGUAGCUCAAUAUGAAAAACAAGGAGAGAGAAAUGAAUUCAUUGUACAAAAGACAAUUUUGCAAGCUGCUGACCAUCAAGCUCAAUUCAACAAGUAUAUUGAGGAACACAACAGAGAACAAGCGCUUAUUGAAGCUAAAAUCAUUGAGGACAUCUAUACAAAGGUCUUGGAGCAUGAUGAUUAUGGAAUUAUUGAGCAGUUAUUGACUCAAGCCAAAUUGCAACGCGAUGAAUUGGAAAAGAAAGGCAUCUCUCAGUCCUUCCAAAAGAUGGUUUCCAAGAAUGCAAGCGUUUGUUUAAAGGUUGCCAAGAAAGAAGAAAAACAAGCUUAUGAAGAAGAGUGUGAUGAACUCUAUGAUGAAUGUGAGGAUGCUUAUGGUGGAUUGUUUUAA